AUGAUAACGGAAUCUGUUAAAUUUACUCCUUCUUAUGCAGCAGUCAUAAAGGGAAAUUUGGAAAUGGUAAUUUUUCUCCUGGAUUACGGAGCUUCUCUAAACCUCUUUGAUGAAGACUGCGAUUUCAUUCCCUUGCAUCGAGGUGCAUCAACAGGGAGACUGGAUAUUGUUGAGCUUCUGAUAAAAAAUUGUGCUGAUGUCAAUGAACAAGAUUCACAGGGUAGGACAUCACUUGACUGGGUUGGUCAUCUCCAUAAAAGAAAUUUUGAAGAUUCAUAUGAAGAUGAAGAUGAAGAUGGAAGAGACGAUGAUGAGGAUGAAGCCUCAACCUUAUUUGAUAAUGUUGUAGAAGCAUUAUUAUUACUCAAAGGAAAACCUGAUUUGAACACCAGAAAUAGAGAACUUAGAGCUGCCUUACAUGUAGCCGUCAUAAAUGGCUGUGAUGACAUUUGA